AUGUACACAAACGACGGAAUUGAUGAAAGAGUUCGAAGCCCAUCGGAUACGAUCAGGAUUCUGUCAGUCUGCCUCACAUUCGGCACAGACCAUGAGAGGACGGGCGCGGACCACGAGGGCAGUUGCUCAUCACCAUGUCUAGACUCAACACUCAAGUGUCAAGGCUACCUAUGUAAAGCCAUCAACCAAGAAUCGUCAAAAGUGGAGGGCGGGGACAAACAAGUUCCCCUCGCCGCUCGGGCCAGGUAUCACAACGAUGCCCCGACAAGUCACUCUUUAGCCAAGGCCCCUACUCCUGCUCGUCUUCCGCUGCGCCAGACCUUGCCAAAAUUGGAAGCGCGAGGUAAGUUUCAUGUUGUCCUUCUCACAAACCUUGCCCUCACCCUGAACAACCUCACCACGUGCUCACCCAACUCUGCGUUACAUCUCUCGUCUAGCGACGAAGUUGACCAGCCAGUCUCACGUAACCACUCGGUAGUUACGGAGUGCGGACACUCGACUCCUGACGAACUAGAGGUCCAUGUUCGCAACCUCUGGAUCAAAGCACAGAACAAACACGAGCGCACAAACAUCCUCUUCUACAGUAUCCGUACAACAGCGCCUAUCUCACUAUCAACUUCACCAUGUAGGAGGACCACAGCCACCUCUCCACGUGCUAGUCCUCUUCUGUUGGCACUUGCCUCUCAGUCCAGGCCUCGUAAAUCCGCGCGCUAA